AUGAAGCUCACUCUCCUUUCCACUGGCUUGGCAUACAGUAUGGUCUCCGCAAUGCCUCAUUAUGAGAGACAGUAUCCUACAGAGACUCCUACAGAGGGAGAUUGGAUUCCUGGAGGCCCUAAUGACUUCCGCGGACCUUGCCCUAUGAUGAACACUCUCGCAAACCACGGCUUCAUUCCCCGAAAUGGAGAUAAUCUGACAAGGGAUAAUGUCGUUCGCGGCUUGACGACUGCUCUCAACUUCGACCCUGUAGUUGCAAACAUCAUGUGGGAGCAGGCGAUCUUCAUCAACCCUGAGCCGAACGCUACAUUCUUCACACUCGAUCAGCUGAAUGUCCAUAAUGUCUUGGAGCACGAUGCCAGUAUUGGUCGUUCAGAUGCAUUCUUUGGCAACAACCACGUCUUCAACCAAACAGUCUUCGACACCACGACAGCCUUCUGGACCAAGAAAACUCUAGAUGCCAACCAGAUCGCCAUGGGGAAAUCUACGAACCCCGAGUACAGGUUCACCUCCACAGUUGAGAACUUCUCACUUGGUGAAAUCGCUGCUCCUAUUUUGAUCUUCGGAGAUAUCGCAGCAGGUACAUGUGACCGCGCGCAGAUCGUCUCUUUCUUCGAGAAUGAACGUCUUCCAACCGAGCUUGGCUUCGUCAAGCAAGCCUCGCCGAUUACGCUUGACCAGGUCAUGGCUAUUUCGAAGUUGAUCGCUGAUGCUGCAAACCUCAUCACUCCUUCUGAAAAUACUACCAAGGCUACUCAUAGCCGUCGUGAAGCACUCAAGAUUCGCGAUCUUCACAUUGGGUCUGGAUUGACUUUGUGA